GAGGAGGAGGAGGAGGUGGCUUACUUUUGCAACAGCGACAGAUGGGAAGAACAAAAAAAUAUCCAGGAAGUCCGAAACUUAAUAAAAACCGCUUCGUUAGCACAAAAAAGGUGGAGGCAAGCGUCCGUUUAACCUUUGAACUCUCUUCCUUUUACUCCACGACGAGUCACAAGACAGAUUCCCGGUGAUUCUCCUGAAUGUCAAAGCCAACGGUAAGCAAGCAAGGAGACACUUGAAUAUCCCGAAGAGAGGAACAAUCGGGAUUUGAAUUCCUGCAUGAAACUUCAGUUCCAUCGCAACUCGUUUUUUUUUAAAAGUCAUGAACACGGUCCACUUCCACCCGGGUUUGGAUUCAGGUGUGAAUGGAAGUGUGGUAAGGAUGGAUGAUGCCAAAGUGGAGAUUGACAAUGGGCAGGAUGAUGCUGUGGAACCGGAUACAAUGUACCACAAUAUCAGAAAGAAGAUUGCUCCAUUUGUUAUGUCCUUUGGAUUCCGUGUAUUUGGAGUGGUUCUGAUCCUCGUUGAUAUUGUGCUGGUCAUCGUGGACAUUUCUCUACCAGCCAGAAGCAGAGAAGUCGGGAACUCUUUGGAGACGGUCUCCCUCAUCAUUUCCUUCUUCUUCCUAGCUGAUGUUCUUCUCAGGAUCUAUGUGGAAGGAUUCAAGGUUUACUUUGGCUCCAAAUUGAACAUCAUUGAUGCCUGUGUUGUGGUUACCACUUUGGUGGUCACCAUGAGCUACACCUUUACUGACUUGUCUGGAGCUAGCCUCAUUCCCAGGGUGGUUUCCUUUUUGCGUUUCUUGAGAGUUAUCAUCCUGGUGAGGCUGUUCAGACUAGCAGCUCAGAAGAAAGAGUUGGAGAAAGUCACAAGGAGGAUGGUGUCUGAGAAUAAGCGGCGCUACCAGAAGGACGGUUUUGACCUGGACCUCACCUAUGUCACAGAUCGUGUCAUUGCCAUGUCUUUUCCUUCAUCUGGGAAGCAGUCCUUUUACAGGAACCCUAUUAAGGAGGUGGCGAGGUUCCUUGACACGAAACAUGAUGGCCAUUAUCGAGUUUAUAACCUUUGCAGUGAGAAAGGCUACGACCCCAAGUUCUUCCACUACCAGGUCGAACGGGUUUUCAUCGACGACCACAACGUUCCUUCUUUGGAGGAUAUGCUGAAAUACACAGCCAGUGUGAGAGAGUGGAUGUCAGCUGACCCGCAGAAUGUCAUCGCCAUUCACUGCAAAGGAGGGAAAGGCCGGACUGGUACUCUUGUGUGCACCUGGCUUAUCGACAGCGAUCAGUUUGAGAGUGCACAGGACAGUCUUGAGUAUUUUGGGGAGAGAAGGACAGAUAAGAGUCGAAGCUCCAAGUUUCAAGGAGUGGAGACUCCCUCCCAGAGCAGGUACGUGGGCUAUUACGAGAUCAUGAAGACGAAAUUCAACAGGAGACUUCCUCCUCCGAAAAGUCUCAAGAUCAAAAGCAUUCGCAUCCACUCCAUAGCAGGUGUGGGCAGAGGUAACGGCAGCGACUUGAAGGUGAAGAUAAUAGUGAGGAAAGAGCUUGUGUUUCAGUGUGUGUGCGCCACACAGGAGAACUGUCAAGUGUUUCCCGACGUGGCCGGCAAUGCAGUAGUCAUUAGCCUGCAGAAUGGACCAGAAGUUCAAGGAGAUGUUAAAGUCAUGUUUGAGUCAACUGCCGGUAUUCCCAAAGGAUAUGAAGACGUUCCAUUUUACUUCUGGUUCAAUACAUCCUUUGUAUCGGAUAACAAGCUGUUUUUAACCAGAGAGGAAUUGGACAACCCUCACAAACCCAAAAUGUGGAAUUUGUACAAGGAGGACUUCGGCGUCACCAUGACUUUUUCGGAUAUCUAAUACUGUGAUUGUAGUAAUAAUAAAUGUUCAGCAAGGUGGACUGAUCUGAGCUUUUUCUUCAAACCGUCGCUGGAUGAAAAGAAUGAACUGUGUACAUAGAAAAUAAAUCGAUGUCAAUUUAGUCCUUGCUUAUUAGUCU